AUGAACUCAGUGGGUGAUUUAGAGCUGAGAUACGAGGAGCAUGAGCAGCUCGGAGAGGGCGGAUUUGGGUCUGUCUUUGCUGGCGUCCGAAUCUCAGACCAACAACCGGUGGCCAUUAAACACAUUAUGGCAGAGCACGUGGCAUUUACUCUAGUGAUCAUUAAAAAUGAGGUGUUCACUGUCCCCUCUGAGGUGGUCCUGAUGACCAGAGCUGCUCCGGAUCAGCACUCGGUCGGAGGGAACCCCUCAGUGACUCUGCUGGACUGGUACCUCCAGGAUGAAGGCCACGAAGUUAUUCUGGUGAUGGAGAGACCCACCCCAUCUCAAGACCUGCUCCGUUACCAUCGGAAGAAUGCACCCCUGACAGAAGCCCACGCUAAGGAGCUGAUACGUCAGGUUGUAAACGCGCUGGUGGACCUUCACUCAAAAGGAGUUUUCCAUAGAGACAUCAAAAUGGAAAAUCUCCUGGUCCAAGCCACAGAGUCUGGCCCCAGGAUCAGGGUCAUAGACUUUGGCUGUGGCUCUGGCGACCAAUCAGGGCACUUCUACAGGUUCAAAGGAACACCGGCAUGUGCACCUCCUGAGGCCUUCGGGACUGAAGGAUACUGCGCUGGUCCUACCUCAGUGUGGCAGACGGGGGCGCUACUUUAUGAACUUCUGCGCUCUAAAAGUGCCAAACCGUUUGCCACAAAUGAGUUCACGAAGGGUUUUCCAUACAUUUCCAUCUUGAGUCGGAGCGGUGUGUCCCAAGAGUGCAGUGACUUCCUCCAGGCCUGUCUGACUCUGGAUCCAAAUAACAGAAUACCUUUGGACCAGUUGAGCCACCAUCCCUGGUUGAGCCUGGUCUAA